UCUAAAAGAAAGCGAAUAUAUGGAGUGUAUGAUGCACGGGGACUGACGCUCAUACUCCUUCCUGCCUUAGCAGCACCCCAUAACCCAGAGCUGACGCGAGCCUUGUUGCACAUACAUACAUACAGAUCGACUGGACCUGCAUCAAACACUGUGAUCUACCCGCUUCCAAUUGCUAUUAACUCGAAUGGUAGGACGCAACUGAUUACGGAUCUAGCAAAGAAAACUAAUUGCAGAUUUUUUUUCCACCACAGUUUCACCUACAAAGGGACAAUGGGGAAACAGAACAGCAAACUUGCCCCUGAGGUCAUGGAAGAUCUGGUGAAGAACACAGAAUUUAAUGAACACGAACUCAAACAGUGGUAUAAAGGAUUUCUUAAAGACUGUCCUAGUGGCAGACUGAACCUGGAUGAAUUCCAGCAGCUGUAUGUGAAGUUUUUCCCUUAUGGAGAUGCAUCCAAGUUCGCUCAACAUGCCUUCAGAACCUUUGAUAAAAACGGUGAUGGAACGAUCGACUUCAGAGAGUUCAUUUGUGCUCUCUCUAUUACUUCAAGAGGCAGCUUUGAACAGAAGCUAAAUUGGGCCUUCAAUAUGUACGAUUUAGAUGGUGAUGGUAAAAUUACAAGAGUCGAAAUGUUGGAGAUCAUAGAGGCUAUUUAUAAAAUGGUGGGAACUGUCAUAAUGAUGAAAAUGAAUGAAGAUGGUUUGACGCCAGAACAGAGAGUCGACAAGAUUUUCAGUAAGAUGGAUAAGAACAAUGAUGACCAGAUUACAUUGGAUGAAUUCAAAGAAGCGGCAAAGAGCGAUCCUUCGAUUGUGUUACUCCUGCAAUGUGACAUUCAGAAAUGAGCCGUCAGUAAUGCAUAUAAUGGACUGCACAAAAUUCAAAUGUUUCAUUCAGUUUGCAGCUACAUCCACACACACAAAAACAAAGUGCUUGGACUACCUUUAAAUGGACUUGCUUCUUGUGUUGAAACACUUGUGUGCAUGAGAAUGUCAUAUGCAAAAAAGUUUAAAUUAAUAUAAAAACUGCCAAAAGUGAAGUGUGCGCAAUUUCAUUACCAUCUUAAAUUCAUUCCUCAGAGGCCUGUGCAUCAGUAUCGUGUUGCAUUAAAAUAAGCUAUUAUUGUUCAUGUUCCACUGGAGCUUGCAAUGUGUUGAAUGGGAAUGAAACUGAAAUCCCAUGUUUAUAAUAAAUCAUUUCGUUUUCCUCUAA